AAUGCGGCCCAUACAAUUUUCCCUGAUGGUGUCGGCCGGAAACACUCCUCCAUCUUUUCAAGAUCGACUGACGCUCUAUCCAAGGGCCUUCGACGUGAUAUAUACGAUCUACGUGAGGACGGCAUCUCUGUCGACCAAAUUCAAGUUCCAAAUCCCGAUCCGUUAUCCCCUUUACGAUACUCUUGUAUCUAUUGGGUCGAUCAUCUAGCCGAAGGGGGCUCUGCGAACCUACAAUUCGAAGAAUACGUUCAAGACGGUGGCGCAAUCCAAAAGUUCUUCGAAAAAAGCUAUCUACAUUGGUUAGAGUCUCUCGGUCUCCUUAGAGAUAUACCGAAAGGGGUCUCUUCUAUGUCCAAACUACGGCGCUUACUUAAGGGUAAAGAGAGCGCAGCAGGGUUAGCUGAAGUAGUAUAUGAUGCGCUACGAUUCAUCCAAUCUCACAGCGUUGUGAUUACUGGCAACCCACUCCAAGUAUAUGUGUCGGCACUGGUUCUCAGCCCCAACUGUAGUGUUGUACGGAAUUCAUUUCGAGGGGAAGAGCCCAAAUGGAUAAUCAGAAAACCAAUAGUGGAAGAUUAUUGGAGUGCCUGUUUACAGACGCUCGAGGGCCAUAGCGGUACGGUCAGCUCGGUGGCCUUCUCGCCCGACGGCCGGCUCGUGGCCUCGGGCUCGGACGACAACACGGUCAAGCUCUGGGCGGCCGACACGGGCGCGCUGCAGCAGACGCUCGAGGGCCAUAGCGGUACGGUCUGGUCGGUGGCCUUCUCGCCCGACGACCGGCUCGUGGCCUCGGGCUCG